AUGAAGACCUACUUUGCUCUCGCCGCUCUAGCACAGGCAUUCCUGGUCAUGGCCGACCAGAAUGUCGAGCCUCGCGACCCUUUCUUCGGUGGCCGAGGCGGUGGCGGCCGCGGAAACGGCCCCUUUGGCUGGGAGGCUCCGGCUGCGCUCUAUCUUAAACUAAUUGGCUUUCAACCUCGCCCCCUUCCACAGAAGGAAUGCGUGUCUUCCUACUGGGAAACCGCCACUCCCACCCCCGCCGCCUUUUGCGACUCCGACUCCGACCUCAAAAACUGCGUAUCCGCCGCCUGCUCCGCCCAGGCCGACGAGUACAGCAGCUACUCGGAGCGCUCCAGCUCCCUGUGCAGCAAAUUCCAGUCCUGUGACAGCACCGGCACCUUCACCUACACCCGCCAGACCCCCGACGGCGACUGGCCCUUUGGCGGCGGCUACCACGGCACCCGCACCUGGCCCACCGGUGAGGUCGUCGUCACCGGCUGCCCCUGGGACGGCGACGGCUGGGGGCGCGAGACCGUCACCGUCACCGUCGCGCAGCCCGGCAACACCGAGGCCGUCUUCGCCGUUGAAAAGGCCGUCAAGGACGAUACGACCACCUCGAGGACUCUCGGCCUCGCGGCUGCGACGGGCACGUCGGAUGGCUCGUCUGCCGGCUCCACGAGAGGCGUCAAGAUUAUGGGGCUCGUGCUCGGUGCGGUCGUGGGUACCGCUAUCCUCCUGUAA